AUGGUAAAUUGGGUGGAAAUACCUCGCCUAGUGUUACCGAAGCGCCUAAACACGGCUUCCCAACAGUCUGCAGUUUUCAUAGGAAAAACCGAUAUCCGAAAUCUUCAUCUGAGACUGUUCAAGAUACCCGCGAAAGAGUUGAAGAUCCAGUGGCGCUGGUACACGGGUGCAUUUUCGAGGAAAAAGAACAAAAGCAUUAUCGGGAAAGCUUCAGGGGUGGCGGUGACGUUAAAAGGGUGGUGGCGCGAUGUGGGGCUUUGCCCCAGGGCGGCGUCCCCGUCUUUAGGCGCUAACCCUACCCACCGUCGGUCAAUUAGCAGGAGGGGAUCUCUACGAUCCAUGGGACAAUCUUUCAGUAUGUGCAAAUUCCACUGCAGACAUAAAAAAGGCUUACAAUUAAGAAACAGUGGCGACGAUACGCGGAUGCCGAUAGAUGGCGUCACCACUGGAUCGGAUUCAGCCAACAAGCUGCCGAGGUACAAUCAUAACAACUAUGGACACUCGUACGAUCCGGAGUACGCUCAAAUGGAGUCCUGGCUGGACGAGCAUCCAGAUUUCGUCAACGAUUAUUUCCUCAGAAAAAUCCAUCUAACCAGGACACAAAUGAAACGGAAAGCCACACGUCAAAUCGUCGAGCAAUGGCAAGUGUCGCACGCCACCCCGACUUCGUCCAGUGUGGAAUUGGCGUCGCCGACGCACAACCAAUCGCGAGCCGGUUCCGGCGCCACGACGCCGGUCCGCAAAAUUUCCGCGCACGAAUUCGAACGAAGCGGGUUGCUGAAGCCGAUGAUAAAUACCAUCGAUGGACAACCAACGUUCUUGACCAGCGAUAACCAAUUACCCGCUGGGCCUAACAGUCCGCAGCCGUUAAGAAGGCAGAGGAGGUCCAGGCACGAGCUUAGGCAGAUGGACGAAAAGGAUCUAAUUUUUGAAUUGGUCAAAGAUAUCUGCAAUGAGCUGGAGGUGCGAUCUUUGUGCCACAAAAUUCUCCAGAACGUGUGUAUGCUCCUUAACGCCGAUCGAGGCUCGUUAUUUCUGGUCGAAGGCGACAAAGGUAACGAAGGAUGCGCCAUCAGUUCAGGUCACGGUAAUCGGGAUAGGUGUUUGGUGUCAAAAUUGUUCGACGUCUGCUCCAAAAGUACCAUUGGCGAGAUCGAAAAGAAAGAGGAAAUCAAAAUUCCUUUGGGUACUGGGAUAGUUGGAUACGUCGCUGAAAGUGGAGAGCCUGUUAAUAUUCCGGACGCCUACCAGGAUGAACGUUUUAAUCAUGAAGUGGACAACCGGACGGGUUACAGGACAAAGUCCUUACUAUGUAUGCCUAUUAAGGAUACUAAUGGUGAUGUGAUAGGGGUGGCACAAGUUAUCAAUAAAGUAGGUGAUCAGCCAUUCUCAAAAAUAGACGAAGAAGUAUUUUCCAGGUACUUGCAAUUCUGCGGCAUCGGCCUACGAAACGCACACCUUUACGAAAAGUCGCAAUUAGAAAUUAAAAGAAACCAAGUACUUUUAGAUUUAGCUAGGAUGAUCUUUCAAGAACAGUCUACUCUAGAACACGUUGUUUAUAGGAUUUUAUUACACACGCAGAGUCUGAUCCAAUGUCAGAGAGUUCAAAUUCUUCUCACCCAUCACGAUUCCAGCGCGAGUUUUUCCAGAGUGUUCGAUUUCGAAGAAAACGACGUGAAUAUAAUCGAAUCGGGCGAACAUAGGACGAGUCCGUUAGAGGGUCGAUUUCCGAUAAAUCUGGGAAUCACCGGGCACGUGGCUACUACCGGGGAAACGGUGAACAUUUCUAACGUUUACGAGGACUCCAGGUUCGAUCCGGAGUCCGACGAGGGCACCAGUUUCAAGCACAAAACCGUUUUGUGCAUGCCGAUCAAGAACUCUAAAAAUAAAAUCAUCGGCGUGAUAACGUUAAUAAAUAAAUUCAACGAUCUCCUGUUCACGCAAAACGACGAGAAUUUCGUCGAGGCCUUCGCCAUUUUCUGCGGUAUGGGCAUUCAUAAUACGAGGAUGUACGAAGACGCUACUACGGCCGUUGCGAAGCAAAAAGUGAUUUUAGACGUUCUGUCAUACCACGCGACAGCUACAGUGGAAGAGGCUCAAAAAUUGAGGAGUUUGAGGGUGCCAUCAAAUGCCAAAUUUAUGCUUCUUGAUUUUUCUUUCGAUGACAUACAUAUGAAUGAUGAUGAUACUUUGGUUGCUUGUUUGCGGAUGUUCCUGGAUUUGGGUCUAGUCGAAAAGUUCCAUUUGGACUUUGAUGUAUUAUGUAGGUGGUUACUUUCAGUUAAGAAAAAUUACAGGGACGUUACUUACCACAAUUGGAGGCAUGCAUUCAAUGUUGGGCAAAUGAUGUACUCAAUAUUGCACGCGACACGUUGGUGGGAAUAUUUGGGAAUUAUCGAAUGUCUAGCUUUGAUGAUCGCGUGUCUGUGUCACGAUUUGGAUCACAGAGGAACAAAUAAUUCCUUCCAAAUGAAAAUUCAUUCUCCUAUAGCACAACUCUAUUCUACUUCCACGAUGGAGCACCAUCACUUCGACCAAUGUUUGAUGAUAAUAAAUUCGUUACAACUUCUUUCUAAUCUUACACCAGAGGAACAUUCCAGAGUUAUAAGGGUAUUGGAAGAGGCUAUAUUAGCCACUGAUUUGGCUGUUUAUUUUAAAAAACGCGUCGACUUCUUUAAAAUAGCUAGGAUGGGGUUGAAUUGGAAGAAGGAUGAGCACCGUGACUCGGUGCGGGGUAUGUUAAUGACAGUCUGUGAUUUAGCGGCCAUAACGAAACCGUGGGAAGUAGAGAAGCGGAUAGCUGAACUAGUUAGCGCCGAAUUCUUCGAACAGGGUGAUUUGGAGAGAGAAAAACUGAAUGUUACGCCUAUGGAUAUAAUGGACAGGAAUAAAGCUGAACAAUUACCAAUUAUGCAGAUCAACUUUAUUGAUUCCAUUUGCGUACCGAUCUACGAA